UGAUCGGAGGCCGCAGUCGGACAGGACAGGCUUCAUCUGAGAGCGACUCCGACACAGAAGGAUUAUAAAUAAAGAAAUAUAUGGCUUUGGUUUGAACGGAAACGUUUCAGCGCUGCCGGAUUUGCUCGGGAUUAUAGCAGUGCGUGUAGCAGCAGGAAUGGAGGGCCGGGAUUUCAGCGCUCCGGCGGCGCACCUCCUGUCCGAGCGGGGCGCUUUGGUUCAUCGCGCCGCCUCACGCAUCACACCGAGCGGACACAGUUCCGUCCAGACCGCCGCUGCUUUCCCGUCGGGGAAAUAUUACCCAUCCCAUCUCCCCAUGGCCACACAUUCAGGCAGCGGACUGAUGGGCAAUUCCUCAGCCUCAUUCAUGGGGACCUUUCUGGCCAGCAGCCUGGGCUCCUCUCCUUCACACCCGCCUCAUCCCUCCAGACCCCCUUCCUCCCCCUCUUCUCCUCCGUACCGCGGAGGGCCACACUCCACUGCCUCCCAGAUCUGGUUCCCACACUCACAUGAAGCAGCCCCGGGGUAUCCACGCUUCUCAGGGAGUCUAGCGCAUACAUUUCUCCCCUUAAGUCAUUUGGAUCACCAUGCCAACAGUGGAGUCCUCUAUGGGCAGCAUCAUUUCUACGACACCCAAAAAGAGAACUUCUAUUUAAGAAGCCUUCCAUCACAACCCCCGCUCAUCUCAGCCAAUCACAACAUCCCACCCAUGUCAAGGACAGGGACAGGCAAUCCCCAGGGCUCUUGCAGUAGGGACACAGGAAGUGGGAUGAACUUGCAAAAGAGUCUGAAGGAAGUCAGCAUGGACAAGGGCAUGGUUACAGGUUCAAAGGACAAAGAAAGGACCAGCAGCAAGCAGGAGUCUAAAGCUCGCCAUCCGCACAACCACCAUACACAGCCCCAGCAUCUUCACCCACACCAGCCUCAACACCACUCGCAGCAUUCUGCCCCCAUGGAUGACAUUAACAACCUGGAGAGACACAAGUCGUCCCUGCUUAUGGAGUACAAGGAUUAUUCACAGACUGUGGGUAAGCCUCUUAGUGCCUGUCUGCUAAAUGGGAAGAUGCCAAAUGGUGACUCUCGGGGAGGGGCUGGGACUGGUCAUGGGGCAGGGGUUGGAUCCAAAGCAUCAUCUGCCAGCUGUGGAGGAGAUGGCAUGGGCAGGCGUCCUGGAGACUCGGUGAAUGUCCAAGCCAGACAUUUGGGGAACAGCAGUACUGGCCACUGUACUAAGGAGGCAGUAAGUGGAGAGAUGAGGAUCAGCGAGCAACCUCUUCCAGAUUGUGUGGAGAGGGGUCAGGUACUGCACCAGUCCUUGCCCUAUUCUGUACCUCCUCCAAUGGCUAUGAGCUCAGCCACCGGUGGGGGACAUCCAGGAGGCUUUCACUGUUUACAGCUCCACCCUGGACAUCCUCAUAAUCCACAUCACUCACAACAUCCACACCAUAGUCACCACUCACACCAUCAUCCAGACUUUUUCUGUCCCCCGCCCCCAGCCCCGAUAGCCAAUUCUUCAUUACAUGAAAAAGGGGUUGCAAAUGGUGGAGCAAGAGAUCCUAAAGUGACAAGACCCACAUAUGUUCCAUCUCCUGGCCACUUGGUGGAAAAAGCUCUAGGACCCUUUCAGCUGGGAAACGGUGAAUGCCAGGGUGUGGCUGGUGGAGGAAGCAACUCAAAGGACAAGACAAUAGAAAAGGCAAAUGGUGGUGUGGGGCACCCUGGAAACUGGCACAGGAAACAGCAAGAACAGCAACAUCAGCAGCAGCAACCUCCACCACAAAAGCAGCAUCCUUACAGAAAAGCAGAAAAAGCUCCUGACUGGAUGCAUAACCACGAUCAUCUCUUACAGCAACAGCAGCAACAACAUCAGCAGAACCACGCUCAGCAGCAUCAGGCAGUGCGCUCCCACAGUGCAGACUGCAUCAGCGGCAGGGACGCAGACGUCUACAGGUCUGCUCUGGGACAGGACCCUAAAACUGGCCAUUCAUUAACCCAUGCUAAUAAUGUUAACACACAACCCUACAGGGAUUGCUCACACUCUGGACAACCUCCUAAUUCUUCACCGCUUGCUAAUAAGACCAUGUCUCAGCAAGGACCUAAUGCUGGAGGUGGGAGCUGCUCCAUGCAGAGAGACGGCCAAAAGGUGGCACGGAUACGCCAUCAACAGCACGGCAGAGCGGGUUCAGGUGCCCCCUCGGCUGAGCUGGCACAAACCACUGGUGGUCAGGAGAUGAAACGGAAGAUGGACAUGUCUCCAUACGGCUACAGUAACAACGGGCAGCAUCAUUCACAUCAGCAACAGUCUGUGCCACCCUGGACCAUACAUCCUAAUCAUAUUCACCUCGAGGAGGACCAGCGCAAAGCUUACAUGGAGUCUGUCAGUGCACCUGGCAACAGACAACAACCCCAUCAACACCAGUCUGCUGGAAUGAUUCCUCCACCUCCUCCCCCAACCCAUCCUGUUCAGAACCAACAAGAGGUGCUAUCCCAACAGGGAGAGGGUAGUGCCAUGAAAAGUCUUCUGAAGUACAGCAACCAGCACCAACCUCUAAUUUCCCAGAAAAGUCCAUUUGGAGGACUUGGAAACCUCAAAACGGGACCUAACGGCUCCAACUGCACCAUGCAAACUGGCAAAUCACCCCUGCCCUCCAGAAAAGGUCUAGUCAAUGAAAGUGACCGUCCUGACUGUGGGGGGCGGAGCAGGGAGAUGGGUGACGCACCCAAUGGAGAAGGGGAAGUACGGCAGCCUCCAGUGGGAAUCGCGGUUGCUGUAGCACGGCAGAGAGAACCGAUAUGCCGACCACCAGACAACCACCCAAGUAGCUGCCAGGGGCGUGUCCACUCUAGCAUGAAAGGCGCAUCACGGCCGAUGUAUUCCUCAGACUUACCCAGAGAGGAGGACAGGAAGAGAAUGAGUGGAGAGCAUAUGGGUCAUCACUGCCUUGACAGAGAGCGAGACGCAUUCAUCAGGGAUAACAAGGAAAUGGUGGAAUUUGCAAGGAUCCAUCCUUCCAACAGUUGUCGUGGAGACCUCACCUCUCAUCUCAUGGUGUCCGGUGGAAGUUCUCUGCAGUCAGGCCAGCUAGGAGACCCUGCGGCACAUUCACACUCCGCGCACCACCACUGGAUGCCACGCACGGGAAGUCCUUCUCUCUGGAUGUCAGGUCAUUCUUACGGUAUUAGCCACACUACCCUCCACCAGAAUCUCCCCCCUGGUUUCUCAGCAGCCAUGCCUGCACCCCUGCAGCCUGUACUACCCCUACCUCAGGACCCUUCUGCACAGUUGGUGGUGUUGCCAAGUGAGCCUGCCACACAUCCGGCCACUCAUCAUCUAGAUGUAAUGGAGCAGCCUGGUCUGUGGCCCCCAGUGUACAGGGCCCGAGGGCCUCCCUCCCACAUGCAGCAUCCCGCCGUGUACUCUCGCUCCCAGUUUCUACGGCAACAGGAGCUGUAUGCACUCCAGCAGCAUCAGCAUCAGCAGCUGCAGCAUCAGCAACAUUCUGGUCACCAGCAGCCACCUCAAGCUCCACAGCAGCACAGAGCGGCACCCAACACAGAGCUGCAGCACAGAAACGGUCACAGUCAGAUGCAGAAGAAGCCAGAGGAGCACAGUGUGGAGUUGGAGGACAUCUUAUCAGAGUCCAAGACCCAAAAACCUACCAAGUCUUACAGCUAUAGUUCCUCGAAUCGGACGUCUUCACCUGCUAGGGCCUCUGCUGCACAUGUGUCACCCUGCUGCCAGUCGCCCUGUAUGCACUCGCACCCAAAAAGCACACCAUCUACCCCCUGUCCUGUCCAGAGUCCUGCUCCUACUGUGGCCUGCUCUCCUGCCAUGAGUCCUGCGCCAUCACAACUGCCCAGUGUAACAGAAAGCCAGGACAAAAGAGCAGAGGUGCAGCCACCACAGGACUACCCUCAGUCUCUGGAACUGGACCAUCCACCUGGAUACUCCUACCCUUCAGUCACCCUGGGAUAUAGAAGCGGGCCUUCCCCACAGGAAGUUCGAUUAGUUGAGGCAGCCAAGCUUAAACCCAUCAUAGUAAAGCCUGAAGAGCAUGCUCCCACCCCACUGUCCAGUCUUGGGGAAGGGCUGGAGUGCCAAGCAAUAGUAAGGCCUAUAACAGAGCCCCAUCUGCCAAUGGAGGAGAAAAACAUGGAAGACCUGGUGCAAGAGCAGGCGGAGUGUGUAUUGAAGCAGAGUGACAAUCUGAAGCCAGUAGAGUCUAUGGGCUGCUGUGUGCCCGAGCUGGAGCAAGUGCAAGAACAAACAGCGCUGCUCAUGUGCCCUCCUGAUGAUACCCCAGCCUGUGAACCAGCACACUGUCCUGUUUUUGAGGAACAAGUGCUUAAAGAUGACUCUACAAUAGCAUGUCAGGAGAAAGGUAGCAUAGUCCUUCCUGAGCAACACAACAAUGAUGUUCCUGAGCUGGAACCACUGGGAGAACCAGAUCAAGUGCAUCCAUGUAUUUCAGUCAGCUCAGCUGACCUCCAGUCCAAUUCAACUACUGAGCUAGACGUAGACGAAAGAGCCAAAGAUGCCCAGGAGGAAGACUGUGUCCAGAUUCUGUCAACCCUUUCAUCUCCUAUCUGUGCCGCUGACCUCCCCCAGCCAACGGCGCCAAGCUACUGGAGCCUGGAGCUCCUGAUCGCUGCAGCCUUCUGCGGAGACUGUCCUCCUCCCUCACCGCCCCUUACCACUACGCCCCAGGGCAACGCUGGCCCAUUUUUUUCUAGUUCGUAUGGCAUAGAGCUUCUCAGUGAGCUGGCUGAUCUGGAGUGCAGACAGAAGCCAGUAAGCACAGGCAACAGUGAAGGGGAUGAGCAGCUCAUUUUCAACCUGCAAAGCUUGGCCACCUUAGCAGCUGCCCGUGCCCUGGAGUUGGACACCAAGACAAACAUCAUAGCAGAAUCUGAGAAGCAGAAUCCAGCCAAAAGGACUCUCAACCUGAGGCGGAAAUGCAGUUGGACUCCUCGUCAUGAACCAGUGUGUCCUGUGAAGGGUUCAAUUGACACAAUAGAUGGGCAGGAACUGGCUAUGCGGGUAAGGCUGGCAGAGCUACAACGGUGUUACAAAGAAAAGCAGAAGGAGCUAGCCAAGCUUCAGAGAAAGCAUGACCACCAGAAAGAAGAGACUCCUCGAAGUCCUGCACGCCGUGGCCCUGGCCGACCACGCAAACGGAAGUCAACCUCAGGGCUGAUGUCCAUACCCCCACCUGAGCAACAGAAAAAAGCCAAGACUGUGGGGGCGGUGCUGAGUCUGCUGACAGAGGACUCUGGAGGAUCCAGUGAUUUGACCAAGAAGAAGAAGCUGUCCAGCCGCGUAUUCGGUCGUUUCGGAGCCAUGCAGAUGAAGAUGCAAAAGAGCAGCAUCCACGAGUACCACAUGGCACAGCUGAAAUCCAAAUCUACUGUAGCAAGAGCCACCAGGGACAGAGCCAAUGAGUCUGAAGGCCAGAGCGACACAGGCAGUGGAGACAGUGGCGCUCAGGAAAGCUGGAAGGGCCAUAAAGAGAUGAUUAUGAGGAAGAAUAUUAAGAGGAAGAGCGAUGCAGCUUCAAAUCAAGUGUCGAGUCAUCUUCAGCAGCCUCGAGGCAGCAAGAGGGAUGUGAUGGAGGACAGGGAAACGUUCGCCGAGGAGAGCGAGUCUUCUGAGCAAGAAGAAGAAGAUGCAGAAGGCAGUUACAAUACUAACGAAGGCUAUACCAUCAAAGCCUCAACCUGCAGAGAACCCCCAGCCAGCUCAAUCCUAAAAGACCCCUCGCCUUCCUCCAUAGUAAAACUGGAAGUCAAUCAAAAGGCAAAAAAUAAAAGAGAACGCCAGGAACUAUACGGCUCCCAGCUGCGCUCUACCACAGAAAGUGACGUAAAGGUGAAGAAAAAGGUCUCCUGCAGGUCGACCCCGGUCACAGCAGCUAAGCCCCUGGGGGUGAGGAGGAAACCGGGCCGACCCAGGCUGCAGGAAAAGCUGUGGGCUGGACACUAUCGCAAACCCACAGGCCUCCUGUCCUUCACCACCACCACUGAGAGGCUGAGAAGAGCCACCCGCAAGAGCUCUAUGCUCCGAGGAGCUCUUAGCAAGAGAAAAAGUUGCUGGUCAGCUGUGGCUCAGUCUCCCCAGAGUGAGGACAACUGCAAACGUAGGACCAGGUUUAGACAGUCCAAAGGUCGUGCCGUCAGUCGUCUGUUGGAGAGCUUCACGGCGGACGAGGGCUUUCAGCUGGGCGAAGACGGCAGCUUCUCUGAUGAGGAUGAGGAGCGCAAUGCCCGAAAACCUCCAGCUGUUCCAAACUGUGUGCUGACGAAAGAUCUGCUGGCUGAUGGACUCAAAGUUCUCAUUACUAAAGAAGAUGAGCUUCUCUACGCUGCGAGAGUUACAACACUGGAUGUGCCUGACAUCUACAAUAUUGUUAUCGAUGGAGAGAGAGGAAACCGGCCCAGAAUCUACUCUCUGGAGCAGCUCUUGCAGGAAGCGGUUUUGGAUAGGCGUCCUGAAACAGAAGCUGUGUUGGCCAAGGGUACGAGAGUUUGUGCCUAUUGGAGUGAGCGUUCGCGAUGUCUGUACCCAGGAUAUGUGCGCAGAGGUGGAGCCAGUGAUGAGGGUAAACCAGGGGCUGUAAUGGUGGAAUUUGAUGAUGGAGACAGAGGACACAUCUCAUUGCGCAACAUUCGCUUCCUUCCUCCUGGCUUCCAAAUCUCUUGUGGUGAGUCCAACCCUACUCAGGUCUCCUCUGGUCAAGCAGACAAGGUCUUAGCUGGUCAAGGGGAAAGAGGUCGCCAAACUGAUAGAUCAUCAGAAAAAACAUCAAGCAAAGAAAAUGCCAAGAUCCAGGAGAAGUCAGUGAGAAAACCAGGGAGACCAAAAGGUUCAGGUCUGAAGAAGUUCUCGGACAGUUUCAACAAGAGCUCGGCAUCUUCACCUACUUGGCCAGCGAUAGCCGUGCCUAAAAAGCGAGCGCCUGUCAAUUUGUUCCAACUUAAUGGCUCAGCAUCUAAGAAGACGUUUAAAAACAAAGAGAAAGACGUGUUUCCUCACACUCCAGUCUCCAUGACAACACCAGCCAAAGGCAUCUUUAAUAGCCGGUCCUUUGAGGUGGACUCGUUCAGCAGUAUUGCUAAUGGCUACUCUUCCUUCUGCAGCCAGGCCUCCGGUAUGACUCUCGCGAGUAGGGGCGCUCCUUAUGGGCAGAAGAGAAGGUCUGAGGAGUCUAACCCGCCUAAGGGAAGAAAAAAUGAAUUCCUGGUCAAGCUAGAUCAUGAGGGAGUAAUGUCUCCCAAGAAUAAGAGCAGCAAGGCAUUACUAAUGCUAAGAGGCUCAGGAUUCAGUUCAAAAGACAUAGGAAACCCACCCAGGCCUGAAGCCUAUUCUCAUCCGGUCUUGCUAGUGAAAGACAACAGGAAGGGGGACAACUCGCGGGCAGAGCUUCUCCCCAUUCAAAGAAAGCCUUCUUCAUUGAUGCUAAUGGGCAAGCAGGAAGAUCUAAGCCUUGGCUGCCACAGAGACUGCAGCUCUUAUUCAGACAUGGAUGAGGAAGAUGAGAAAGAGGAAGACAGGAGGAGGGGAGGUGCAUUAGCAUUGGUCCCAGCUUCAGGUGGCAUGAGGACAACUGGUCGGUUCCUCUCACGGCUCUCAGCUUCUUCUUCAUCUUCAGGGUCGUCUAGCUCCUCUAGUUCAGGUUCUCUCUCCAGCUCCAGCGUUUGCUCCUCAGACAACGACUCAUCGUACAGCUCAGAGGACGAGGAAAGUUCUACGCUGCUCCUGCAGAGCUGCCUGACCUCUCAUCACACUCUGCUUCCACCCUCGAAAGCCUCCACCAGGCCGUCACAGCAAACGUUUGUGGCCAAAGCCGUGACCGUUUCCAAUACCAAAAGUGGGAAUCCUGAUCACAGCGAUGGCUGCAAGCCGUUGAAAAGAAAGGAGUGCAUUACGUCCCACUCCAAACCCUCCAAAGACCUUGUUAAGAGACAGAAACUACUUCCUGACCAUAGCAAGCCAAAGGUGUCCUCCUGCCUGCCACUCAGACAACUUUGGAGGUGGUCAGGAAAUCCCACCCAGAGACGUGGGUUGAAAGGGAAAGCUCGGAAGCUUUUCUACAAGGCCAUAGUCCGCGGUAGGGACGUGGUUCGUGUAGGAGACUGUGCAGUCUUCCUGUCGGCUGGCCGGCCCCACCUACCUUACGUCGGACGCAUUGAGAGUUUCUGGGAGUCCUGGACCAGCAGCAUGGUAGUAAAAGUGAAGUGGUUCUACCAUCCAGAAGAAACCAGUCUGGGCAAGAGGCACCAUGAUGCCAAGCAUGCCUUGUAUCAGUCGUGCCACGAGGAUGCGAACGACGUGCAGACAAUCUCUCACAAGUGCCAGGUGGUGAGUCGUGAAGAAUACGAACAUCUGAGUCGCACCAGGAAACCUGAAAGCAGCCUUCAGGAUCUGUACUACCUUGCUGGCACCUACGACCCUACAACCGGUCAGCUGCUUACUACAGAUGGAGUGUCUGUCCACUGCUAGCUCUUGGUUCAAAGCAUUGCUGGUCCUGGCAGGCAUACAUUUGGCUGGGUGAGAAUUUGACAGAAGACCAAUGCCAUGUAUUGGAUGGAUAAAGUUAAAAAAAAAAAAAUGGUGGUAUGGUGAGUCCUCCUGGUCUCUUGUGUUUGAAGGAUAAGGAUGUAUAAUCUGACAUCUUAAACAAUUUAACUUCUUAACAACAAACUACUACACGUCACCAAAGCAGAACCCUUUGUUGGGCUGGAGGAGGUGGCUGUCAAGUAGAGAUUCUUCAGCCAAGAAAAAACUCAAACAAAGGUGGUGCGGUGUGUUUUUCCUGCACCAUGUCGUGAUUCCAGGGAUAUUUAAGUAUGUUAGAUCUAGUAUAUUACGUUUAUAUGUGUAUAUAUUAGGAUUUUUUUAUCAAGCCAUACAC